AUCUCUCCGGCGCUGUGCUGGGAGACUCAAGCAGCUGCAGGAGAAACAGCGAGGAGAGUGAGAGGAAAAAAGAGCGACGGAGAUGGCGAGUCUAAACAUGGACCCGACAUCGCUGCUGCUGGGGCUGCUGUGGCUGCUUCUAGCAGCCCGAACCACCUCGGUUCAGGGUUUGAACGGCGACGAGGACCAGAGCCAGGAUACCGAGUGCAAGAUGAAGAGCGUCACCGUGUCAGCGCUGCCGUUUCUGAGGGAUAACGACUUGAGCAUCAUGCACAGUCCGUCGGCCUCUGAGCCCAAGCUGCUAUUCUCCGUCAGGAACGAUUUUCCAGGGGACGUGGUUGUUGUGGACGACCUGGAAAACACCGAGCUUCCUUUCUUCGUCCUGGAGAUCUCUGGGAACUCUGAGGACAUCCCUCUGGUGCGCUGGCGGCAGCAGUGGCUGGAGAAUGGGACACUUCUUUUUCACAUCCACCAUCAGGACGGCAGUGUGAACCUACCUGAACCAACUGAAGACCCCGCCAACGACUCUUCGAAGGAAGAGAUGCGCAUACUACACAUCUCUGUGAUGGGUGGAAUGAUCGCCCUUCUGCUGUCCGUCCUGUGCCUCGUCCUGAUCCUGUACACCCGCAGGCGCUGGUGUAAGAGACGCCGCAUCCCUCAGCCCCAAAAAAGUGCCAGUGCUGAGGCAGCUAAUGAGAUACACUACAUCCCAUCAGUGUUGAUGGGGGGCCAGGCUCGGGAAAGCCUAAGAAACUCCAGGGGUCAGGGGCCGAACUCUGCUGGCACCCUCAGCAUCCGUGAAACACCAAUUUUGGACGGGUAUGAGUACGACAUUACAGACCUGCGUCACCAUUUGCAGCGAGAAUGCAUGAACGGCGGCGAGGAAUAUGCUAGCCAAGUCACCCGUACGCUGGACUCCCUUCAGGGCUGCAAUGACAAGAAUAAUAUGGACCUCACACCCGUGAAUGACAACACCAAGUUGGCCCUGAUGAACAAAUAUAAGGACAACAUCAUCGCCACGAGCCCAUUGGACAGCAAUCACCAGCAGAACACUUUGCUACCACACAACACGUCUACCAGCCAACGCAAACGCCUCUCCAGCAAUACCCGAGCGGGUUCAACUUUCUUGAACCCAGACGGGGACUCUGGGACGGAGGCAGACAGCGAGCCUCAGCUGGCGUUUUACACAGACCCGAACCGCAGUCGGCGCCGGAGUCGAGGUAUGAGAAAUGGUAACGCCAACAGCGCGUGGGGCUCUGGGGCAGGAUCUCCUCGAAGUCCCAUCAACAAGACCACCCUGACCCUGAUCAGUGUCAUCAGCUGUGUGAUUGGCCUAGUUUACUCCUCUCACCUCGCCUGCAGCCUCUCAGUUCGAGUAAUCUUACAUGUGCCGGAGCACCUCAUAGCUGACGGAUCAAGGUUCAUUCUGCUCCAGGGGAGCCAGUUGGAUGCUUCAGAUUGGCUCAAUCCCGCCCAGAUCUUGUUAUACUACCAGCAGAAUGCCAGUGGACCUUGGGUCAAUGAGCUGUGUGGACGACGUCUACUAGAUCCUUGUGAACACCAGUGUGAUCCAGAGACAGGAGAAUGCAUUUGUCUUGAUGGCUACAUGAAGGAUCCAGUCCACAAACAUCUUUGCAUCCGCAGUGAGUGGGGGCCUAACCAGGGUCCCUGGCCUUACACCAUCUUCCAGCGGGGUUUUGAUCUUGUGAUGGGAGAACAACCCUCUGAUCGCAUUUUCAGAUUUACAUACACUCUGGGAGAAGGAAUGUGGCUUCCUCUGAGCAAAAGCUUUGUCAUCCCUCCUGCUGAGCUCGCCAUCAACCCGUCAGCCAAAUGCAAGACAGAUAUGACAGUAAUGGAGGAUGCAGUAGACGUAAGAGAGGAGCUGAUGAUCAGUUCUUCAUUUGACUCUCUGGAGGUUCUCCUGGACUCUUUUGGACCUGUCAGAGAUUGCACCAAAGAUAAUGGUGGCUGCAGCCGCAACUUCCGAUGCAUAUCUGACCGGAAGCUUGAUUCUACCGGCUGUGUGUGCCCCCCAGGUCUGAGUCCAAUGAAAGAUGGGACCGGGUGCUAUGACCACCACAUUGGGAUUGACUGCUCUGACGGCUUCAAUGGUGGAUGUGAGCAGCUGUGCCUCCAACAGCUGGCCCCUCUAGAGGAUGACCCAACACUUUACAACAUCCAGAUGUUCUGUGGGUGCAUUGAGGACUAUAAACGUGGUCCUGAUGGAAGGUCAUGCUUACCUCUAUCUGAAGUCUGCACAGAGGGUGUAGACUGUGGGGAAGCAAUAGACAUCCCUGCCAACCAGACUGUCUUUGGAGACCUCUUCUACGGCUACAACAACCAGACCCAGGAAAGCACCACUGGUCAGAUACUGAAGGCCACAUUCAGGCAGAAGAACUUUGCCCGAGGCAUUGAGCAGCAGCUCCCAGAUGGCAUGGUGGUGGCGUCGGUGCCAACGGAGGUUCAGUGCCAUGAGGAGCUGUCAGACCCUGUGCCUGACCCAGAAUAUCUCACGGGUAUGGUGAACUACAGCGAGGUGUCUGGCUAUCCUCUUGUCCAACACUGGAGUCUACGUUCUGUGUUGUACCAUGUCAAACUUAACCAGUGGGUCUUGUCUCAAGCUUUUAGCUCUGCAAUCCAUUCUCUAGACGGGGCAACGCAGCGCAGCGACUUUGUCUCGAUCCUGAGGGAGUUCGGGAACCACUAUGUACAGGAGGCAGUUUAUGGCUUCCAGGAGUCCUGUACCAUCUGGUACCCCAACAAACAAGUCCAGAGACAGCUGUGGCUGGAGUACCAGGACAUCAGCAAAGGUAAUUCCCCUUCAGAAGAGUCAGAGGAGCGGGACAAGGAGCCCAGGACGUUGACUUACCCAGCAUACAUUGCCAGCCUUUUGGACACAGGAGCUAAGCGCAUGGUGGCCGGCGUCAGAAUGGACUGCACCAGCCAAGGCCAGUGCCCACGCUCCUGUCACCUCUGCCAUAUGAGUCCAAGGGCGGCACAGGGACGGCAGCAGUCUGAACCGGUCCUCCUGAAGAUUACCAAGGCUGCACCAAUCUAUGAACUAGUGUCCAACAAUGAGACCUAUCAGGCUCUCCAAGAAGCAAUGAUGAGCAUGCUGUGGUGCUCAGGCAAAGGCGACGUUAUUGAUGACUGGUGUCGAUGUGAUUCCAGCGCAUUCGGCACAGACGGACUGCCCACCUGCGCCCCGCUUCCUCAACCCAUGCUGAAGCUGUCUUACACCUAUGAACCCAGUAGUUCAUUGGUAAUCAUGGAGUGGAACCACACUGAGCCACCAAUCGGCGUACGCAUUGUUGAUUACCUCAUCAGUGAGGAGAAGGUGACAGAGAGGACGGACCACUCUAAACUUGAGACAGAAACUCUCUUAAGCUUUGUGGAUGACAUCCUGUCUGGGGCCAGGUCUCCGUGUGUUAUUCUAGGGGACAUCCCAAACCUACUAUCUUCCUCCAUCAGUCUUAUAAUUCGCUGCUUGGAGCCCGACACCACAUACAUGUUCCGUCUGUGGGCUGUAGACAAUACAGGACGGCGCUCCAGUCCAAGUGAGGUCACCAUCAAAACUCCAUGUCCAACUGUGGAUGAUGUCAAGGCACAGGAAAUUGCAGAUAAGAUCUACAACCUGUUCAAUGGCUACACAAGUGGGAAAGAACAGCAGACUGCCUACAACACUCUUAUGGACCUGGGUGCUCCAACACUGCAUCGUGUUCUUUACCAUUACAACCACCGCUAUGAGAGCUUUGGUGAAUUCACCUGGAGAUGUGAGGACGAGCUUGGGCCAAGGAAAGCGGGGCUCAUCCUCUCCCAGCUUGACGAGCUUUCUCUGUGGUGUAAAGGUCUCCUGCAGGAGCCCAAGAUCGGCCUUCGCAGGAUGUCUCUCAAGUUCCUGUCCUGCCGUUACACCGACACCAAAGCCUUUGGGCUCAACUGGUCAGAGAUGGGCCAGGAUGUGCACAAGGCCUGUGACGAACAGACGCUCACUGUCAUGUAUAACGACUAUGGUGAGCCCAAGGAGCUCUAGGUCUGACUUUCAGUUUGGUUUAGCAGUUUCCUGACCUUUGGCUCCCUCCCCCCAAAUUACAGGUUUCACAUAACUGGUCAUGUAGCUGUGUGUUGGUAUUUAUUUCUUUUUUCUACAGAUAACAAAAUGGCAUCACACCAGUAAAUAAAGUGUUUCAAAAAAAUUAUAUAAUCUGACUAUGAAAGCAUGGCCCGUACUUCUUAGGGAAUUUAAGGCUGCCUCAGCUUGUCUGCAUUGUUGGCUGUGGUCAGAUGCUUCUGAUGGACUUUUCUCCAAAUUCUCCUUAAGCUGCCCGUGUCCCUGCUGUUCAUUGUUGAUCAUCUUUCACUCAACAUUCCCAUAUUGGAUACAGCACUCUCUAAACAGCCAGCUUCCUACUGGGCAAUCUUUAAGCUAGCAGUUUCGCUCAUAAUAAUACCCAUAAAAGAACACUUCUGUUUAAAGCAUUUUUUUAUAGUGUUACUAAAAAAUUAUGAUGACAUUUUCUUAGAAACUGCAUCUUGGUAUUUUAUUAUCCUUAAACCAUAAUAAUCACAACAACCGAAAAAUUCCUUUAUAUCAAUAUAUAACUCACAAAAAUAUAAUGUACAAGUUUACUUUUUACAAAAGAGUUAUUAAUAUGGAUAACCUUUUUGAGAAUAGCUUAAUUCAUUGAAACUGACCUGAAGUCUCCCUCAAAAUAACAUUUUUGUUGUUUGUUGUGUGGAGUUUAGCAGUUAAAAAAAACGUUUACGCUGUAAAUAACAUUAUCAUGACGUUUUAGCUACAAUAUAUAAACUGAAUGUAGUGUUGAUACUUUGCAUUUAGAAACGUGAUUGAUAUAAAACGAUUUGUUUGAAUUAAAAUCAUCCAAGACAUACUGACUUACUUCUGUUAUAGCUUUUAAAUACUUUUAAACAGUACUUUCAGAAUCAUUUUAACAUUUAAGUAUAUUUCAAACAGUUUAACCAGCAGUAAUUCUGUUCCAAAGCUGCAAAACAAAAGUGUCUUAAUAUUUACAAAAAAAUAGAUUUGUUUGUAGUUUAAAUGUAAUAAUUUGUGCUGGAAAAACAUGUCAUUUGUGUUUGAAACAGAAUUAUUUUGAACUUCUCAGACUUCAUUUGCAAUGUUGAUCAUUCUGAGGGAUACAUUGAUGAAUUAUGUCAUUUUUAUUUUCCUUAACAGAUCUAAAAUGUGAAUACUAAAAAAGUGUAGAUUUUGUGUAUAGACAGUAUUACAUAUUGUCAUCACAUUCUAAUCUUUUAUUCUGUAAAUACAAUGUACUCCUGGUGAUAUUUUUCAGCCUUGACUAGUGCUUUGGUAAAGAUGAUCUUGUACCAUCAUAUAAGCUGUGUAUUGUAGCUUUAAGCACUGAUUUUAUUCUUCAUGUGGGUGAUCUGAUUGUAACUUUAUAACACUGACUUUUGGAGCAGUUUAGGUUGAAAUAAAGGGUAACAAGUCUGAAAUCAGUUUACAUUUUUUUUCCAUCUGCAUGAAAUGCUGUUUAGAAUACUCUAUUGUGUGGCUUCAUAAACUCAGAUUCUCACAUUCAUCCUUGCUUCUUUCAGAAGGAUUUAAGAGGGUAGUUCACUAAUGGCUUGUCUAUUAAAUGUUUUAUUUGUGCUCUUGUUUUACUGUUGGUUUUUCAUGGCAGUACUGAGACUGGCAUUACUAAUUGUUGUUGUAGUUCUGGUCUCGGUGCUCAGACUGCUGUCCAAACGUUUUACUGAAAUAAAAUAACCCUUUAAAUGUU